UUAAUGCACUUGAAGAUAAUAUUGGUAUAUCUAAUCCAAUUAUUGAGGCUGUAUUUGAUUAUAUGAUUAUCGUUUUAAUUCCGGUGAUUUUAACCUUUGACAUAAAUGCAAAAGAGGCAAAAAAACUCACCAAACUUUUUGAAUUUUUACAAAUCCUCCUCCUUUUAGUAGUAUUUGCCUUACCUUCCCUUGCAACAAGCUUAUCAAGCUUUACUGUUGACUUAAUUUUUCUUAUUUUAUCCGCACAUCGACAAUAUAAUGAUCCAAACUCUGAUCAACCUAAACCUAAUUAUAAAACUCAAAC